CAUCAUUAAGUCCCCAUAAGCCAUCCUCUCAUUCCCUACUACACACCCAAUCUCCCCUCCCCACGACCCAUCCCCCAACAUACUCCAAGAAAACACCAAAAGAAAGAAAGAAAAAUGACCCCCCGCUGCUUCAUAAUCCGCCACGGCGAAACCUCCUGGUCCCUGAACGGCCGACACACCGGCUCGACGGACCUGCCGCUGACCGAGAACGGCGAGAAGCGUAUAAAAGCCACGGGAAAGGCUCUGGUCGGGAAUGAUCGGUUGAUUGUGCCGAGGAAGUUGGUUCAUGUGUACGUGUCGCCGCGCGCACGGGCCCAACGUACCCUCGAACUCCUCGAGAUCGGAUGCAAGGAGAGAUUACCGUGGAACGAGGCGCGGAAGUCGGAGGAUGAGGAGCCGAUACGCACGGAGGCGAAGGUGGAGGUUACGGAGGCUGUCAGGGAGUGGGAUUAUGGGGAGUAUGAGGGGUUGACGAGUAAGCAGAUACGGGAGAUGAGGAGGGAGAAGGGAGAGGGGGAGUGGGAGAUUUGGAGAGAUGGGUGUCCCGGGGGAGAAUCCCCCGAAGACGUGAUCAAGCGUCUAGACGCCGUGAUUGCAGAGAUCAGAGAGAAGUUCCACAAGCCCUGUUUCGACGGCGACUCUUCUUCCAAGGGCGAUGUUCUCGUCGUGGCACAUGGACAUAUCCUGCGUGCGUUUGCGAUGCGGUGGACGGGGAAGCCGUUGACGGAGACGGCGCUGAUUUUGGAAGCGGGUGGUGUGGGCACAUUGAGCUACGAACACCACAACAUCGACGAGCCAGCAAUCAUUCUAGGAGGAGGAUUCGUAGUCGACAGCUGAGAUGACUGACUGCUUAUAGAAGAUCUUUGCAAUCAGCAAAUAGACCGAGAGUCAAUAGAGAAUAAACACUCACAAUACCCAUAUC